GAUCUUCUUAUUGCCUUUAACCCCAAGAAAGUGGCUUUUAUGUGUGUCUUGAUGACCCAUACUUGACUUAUCCUUUACCACAAAAGGUCUCAAGUCUAACGAUUCAGAGCUUUGUUUCAACUGCCCUUGUGUAUUCUUUAAAUAGCCAUCCCACUACAAGGUUUCAUCAUCAUCACCAUCACUCACAAUCUCUCUCUCUCUCUCUCUCUCUCUCUAAAGAUCAAGAUUCAAGAUCAUUUCCAAUCCUCCAAGAUGACAUUGAGCAGAGUCCACCAACAAUUUCUUGCAUUAAUCCCAGAAGUCAAGACUGCUCCGGCAGGUUACUUGCCUGACCCAGCAGCUUCCAUCAACAAGCUCCAAAUCCCAUCUCCUUCCAAGAAAUCUGAAAAAGUUAAGGGGAAAUCGUUUCAACGGACCAAUAGCUUCACAAAUGGAGCUACGGAUCAAAGCAAGUUAGGACCAAAGCUAACUGAAACAGUCAAGAGAAAGCUAUCCCUAGGAGCUAAGAUCAUUCAAAUGGGAGGCUUAGAGAAGAUCUACAAGCGGCUCUUUAAAGUCUACGAUGAAGAGAAACUCUUUAAGGCAUACCAAUGUUACCUAUCAACAACGGCAGGUCCCAUCGCAGGCUUACUCUUCAUCUCAUCGAAGAAGAUUGCUUUCUGCAGCGAGAGAUCAAUCAAAGUGGCUUCUCCUCAAGGAGAUCUCACUAGAGUUCACUACAAAGUGUCAAUCCCUCUGUGCAAGAUCAAGGGAGUGAACCAGAGUCUGAACACAGAGAAACCAUCUCAGAAAUAUAUUGAAGUAGUCACGGUCGAUGACUUUGAUUUCUGGUUCAUGGGAUUCACGAGCUACCAGAAAGCAUUCAACUGUCUCGACCAAGCACUUUCUCUCGAGCAGUAACAAGCUGAAGGUUGAAGAGGAAAUAUUUCAUUUCUAAUUUAACCCAUUUUCAAUCCAAAAAUGUUAAUUAGGAGAGAGCCUAGAUAAUUUAAACAAUAUUGUACAAACUCUUUUGUUUUUAAUUAAAGCUUUAAUGUUAUUGUUAUCCA